AUGUCAGGCGAUUGCCUUAGUACAGAACCUACUAUUGAGGACCACAUAUUGAGGAUGUUUGAAUCGGAUUUCAGCGAAAAAGACAAGGAGAUUGUGAAAAUCACAGAGCAGUCUGUAAGCCUGUUGAACGGCCACUACCAGUUGCCGCUGCCUUGGAAUGUCGACCGGGAGAACCUGCCUAGUAACCUGGAUGUUGCGGAGAAACGGAUCAGUUAUUUGACUGUGCGAGAGGAAAGUUGGUUUGGACGAACGAAUCGAAUGAAUGUCAUUAAGAUAUCGAUGCGUUUCGUUCCAGGCUACGGAACCGAGUACUCCAAA